AUGAAUCUGAAUUACGAAUACAUUGCUUCUCAUAUCAGUGAUUAUCUUAACAAUGAAAACUUCUUUGAUACAUUCGAUAGAGAGGAUAUAAAAACAAUCAUGAAAUAUUCACAUUUGACAGUUGAUGAGUACGCUACUCUUCUGAAACAGUCUUCGUCAACUAUGUGUUUCAAAGAAUUAUAUAUCUGUGCACGAAAAGCCAAUGUUAUUAUUCAAAAUCUCGAUGACGCCGUUUGCAUUCUUCAAACUGUCAAAAAAUACAUGAAAUUCGAUACAUUUGAUGGUAUCAUUGAUAUCUUAAAUCAAACUGGCAAAGAUUCUCGUGGAUCUACAAAAAAAAUCAAAAAGCGUCAAACAAAAUUAAAUUCGUUACAAAAUCAAAUACAAAAUUCAGACAAAGCAGCUACAGACACUCGAACUAAUGAAAAUUCAAACCUUUCUAAAGAUAUUUUAAUCCAAAUCGCCGAACUUAAAAAAUCUGAUGAUUUGGGAAGCAUUUACAAAUUCCUUGAUGAACUUUCUGCAAAAGGAAAUCAUGAAAUGAUGCUAAAAGCUUGUGAGGAAGGACUUUGUGAAAGAAGAAAUUGGUCGAGGGAUAAUUUUCUUCAUGGAGCAUGUGAAACAGGAAAUCUUAAUCUUGUCAAAUCAUUCAUCGAAUGUGGCUGCUUUAUCGAACCAUUGAAUAUAUGUGGAUGGACUCCACUCAUUUCUGCAUCAGAAAAAGAUCAUCUUGAAAUUGUUAAAUAUCUUAUCUCAGUUGGAGCUGAUAAAGAAGCAAAGGAUAAAUAUGAAUAUACUCCACUCAUUUAUGCAUCAUCUAAUGGUCGUCUUGAAGUUGUUCAAUAUCUUAUCUCAGUUGGAGCUGAUAAAGAAGUAAAGGAUAAAGAUGGAAAAACUUCACUUAUUCAUGCAACAUCUAAAGGUCAUCUUGAAGUUGCUCAAUAUCUUAUCUCAGUUGGAGCUGAUAAAGAAGCAAAGGAUAAAGAUGGAUCUACUCCACUCAUUUAUGCAUCAUAUUAUAGUGAUCUUGAAGCUGUUAAAUAUCCUAUUUCAGUUGGAGCUGAUAAAAAAGCAAAGGAUAAAUAUGGAAAAACUCCACUUAUUCAUGCAUCAAAAGAAGGUCAUCUUGAAAUUGUUAAAUAUCUUAUCUCAGUUGGAGCUGAUAAAGAAGCAAAGGAUAAAUAUGGAAAAACUCCACUUAUUCAUGCAUCAAAAGAAGGUCAUCUUGAAAUUGUUAAAUAUCUUAUCUCAGUUGGAGCUGAUAAAGAAGCAAAGGAUAAAUAUGGAAAAACUCCACUUAUUCAUGCAUCAAAAGAAGGUCAUCUUGAAGUUGUUAAAUAUCUUAUCUCAGUUGGAGCUGAUAAAGAAGCAAAGGAUAAAUAUGGAAAAACUCCACUUAUUCAUGCAUCAAAAGAAGGUCAUCUUGAAGUUGCUCAAUAUCUUAUCUCAGUUGGAGCUGAUAAAGAAGCAAAGGAUAAAGAUGGAUCUACUCCACUCAUUUAUGCAUCAUAUUAUAGUGAUCUUGAAGCUGUUAAAUAUCUUAUUUCAGUUGGAGCUGAUAAAAAAGCAAAGGAUAAAUAUGGAAAAACUCCACUUAUUCAUGCAUCAAAAGAAGGUCGUCUUGAAAUUGUUAAAUAUCUUAUCUCAGUUGGAGCUGAUAAAGAAGCAAAGGAUAAAUAUGGAAAAACUCCACUUAUUCAUGCAUCAAAAGAAGGUCAUCUUGAAAUUGUUAAAUAUCUUAUCUCAGUUGGAGCUGAUAAAGAAGCAAAGGAUAAAUAUGGAAAAACUCCACUUAUUCAUGCAUCAAAAGAAGGUCAUCUUGAAAUUGUUAAAUAUCUUAUCUCAGUUGGAGCUGAUAAAGAAGCAAAGGAUAAAUAUGGAAAAACUCCACUUAUUCAUGCAUCAAAAGAAGGUCAUCUUGAAAUUGUUAAAUAUCUUAUCUCAGUUGGAGCUGAUAAAGAAGCAAAGGAUAAAUAUGGAAAAACUCCACUUAUUCAUGCAUCAAAAGAAGGUCGUCUUGAAGUUGUUAAAUAUCUUAUCUCAGUUGGAGCCAAUAGAUAUGCAAAGAAUAAUAAAGGAAAAACUGCACUCUCAGAAUCAUGGGGUAAGGUAAGAAUAUAUCUAAGAUCUAUUGGAGCAAUAUAA